AAGUUUUCUAAUGUUUGUGUUUAAUUUUUCGAAUUUUUCAUACUUGAUUUAAAAUGAUUGACUUUUUUAAUUAAAGGAAAAAAAACGAUUUUCAAUAAAUAAGGGAAAUAAAGUAACGAGUAUUUAAAUAUUUUUUUUUUUUGCUGAAUUGUAAUUAGAGACAAUAAAAAUGUCAGUUUCAAUUAUCAACGUCUAUGAGAGGUUAUGUUCGUGUGAAAAAACAAACAAUUGGGACUCAAUACCAGAGUUUUUACAGCCAAAGUAUUUCCAUUCGGACGAAAAUAUCGAUAUAAGGCUACUGGCAAAAGUGGCGAAAAUUUUGACAAAUGCAAAUUUUAAAAUUCCAAGAAAAAUACAAAUUCUCCUCUUAAAAUGUCUCGUGAAUUGUUGUGUUAAAAAUUUUAAAUAUAAACCCUACUAUUUGAAUGAUGGAACAAUUUCCAAGUAUGAGACAGAAAUUUACGAUUUAUUAUCCGAUGGUAAUAAUAUGGAGAAAAUUGAUAAAACUUAUCCAAUUGAGACACAUUUUCCACUCGAUGGAGUUAGUCAGUGGGCAGUUGAUUACCUGCUUGGAUUAAUUGAUAAGGAAAGUUUAACGAACGAAGAAUUAGAAAUACUCACGCAAUGUAUGCAAUUUCUUUCGAAUUUCGUUUCAUUUGCGUGUAAAACUAGUAAUGCUCCUGAUUUAGAAGAGGCGCCAUCACAUCUCAACAGUGAGAAACUUAAAAAUGCUAUUGUGUUUCUCAUCGGUCACGAGCACAUGCCAGUAGCAAGAGCAGCUUGUUGUUUUGUUUUUAACACAAAUCAUCAUAAUGAUAUUUCCGAUACAAAAGAAUGCGAAUUCCUAAAGAAUUUAAUACACGCUUCAAGAUUAGAAAUAAAUGCAGCUUUGGAAAUUAUUAAUUAUUUUAUAGUGAAUACAAAAAAUUUUGAGCAAAUUUAUGAAAAUUUAUCAAUUGAUGAUAAAUUAUACAUAUUGCAAGUAAUUCAUGAGAAUUUAUUGAAUGAAACGUAUCAAAGUAUUUCCACUGAGAUGACGAAAUUUAUCAUUGAAAAAUUUAAGAGAAAAAGUGAUUUAAUUCUUAAAACUGUCGAUACAUAUUUAGAUGGAAUGCAACCAAUGGAGGUAAUGAUUCUUCUAGAUAUUUUAGGUGUUUUAUCGUCGAGAAUCGAUGAUUCAAUUUCUAGUUUCUUAAGACAGGACAGAAGUCUUCUAAUAAAUGGUCUAUAUUUACUCAAAUCUAUUCACAUGGUGGGAAGAGAGACGGAUAAUUAUUUUACACCUCUGCAAAAAUUGAGUGAUGUCGCUCCAAAUGCUCAGGGAUCAAGUACAUCCAAAAAUGACUUUGAGGCACAUCCUGCUUAUGGUUUUAAAGCCGGACUUGUCAGAUUAAUCGGAAACUUGGCUUUUGAAAAUGAAGAUAAUCAAAAUUUUAUUAGAGAAGAAGAAGGAAUUCCUCUACUCUUAGAUUGUUGCAACAUAGACGCCAGAAAUCCUUUAAUCAUUCAAUGGGUUAUUUUGGCAAUAAAAAAUUUAUGCAGCAAAAAUGAGAGAAAUCAAGAAGUGAUACAGGAAUGUACAAAAAUUGGUGUCGUAGAUAGCAGCACUCUCAAAGAAAUGGGACUUACUCUUCACGAAGAAGAAGACGGAAAAGCAAUUGGCAUCGUUCCUAUAUUAUUAUAAAUUAUUAACGGAUUU